GGGGGCCCGCGGGGUCUCCCUUGCCCGGGCUCGAGGCCUCGCUGCAGAAGUCCCGGCCCUUCCGUCUCGAAGCCCUCGGCCAGACUUAGACUUCCUCCUCCCGGAGGCCGGGAGCCGGCGCCCGCGAGGCGCCCGCCGCUCUGCAGGGGUCUUGCGCUCUGCCUUCCGCCCUGUCCGCCCUCUCGUGGAUCUCCGAGGCCCGGCCGCGCGGGUUUCGGGCUCUGGACUCGCCGCCGCCCCGCUGGACGCCCCGAGCCCGCCCUUCGCUCCCGCACGGCGCGCGCGGAGCCGGGGCCCGGCCGGCCCCCACCUCCACCCCGCCUCAGCCCCUCUGACCUGCCGAGGGCCCAGGCAUAGGAUGAGGGGGGGCGAGUCACCACAAGACCCCUGGACUCCAGGCUCUUUCUACUUUAAGUCAGAGAAUUUUAACUUGGCUUUUUGAAAUUGACGUCGGCAAGAAUGGAAAAAGAAGCUGGUGACUCUUUAGGCUGCAGAAUGAAAAACUUCCACAAAAAUGUUCCCACUCCCUCAGAAGGACUCCGGGACACCUACCACCUCUCCGGGUUCAGUCUCCACACAGGGCCUGCACAGUAACCAUGGGGAUGGUCUGGAAAGAGAAUGCUCCGGAAAACCAGACCAGAAGCCGCUGAAGCUCUAUGGAGUGGGUGAUCCCACCGCCGUGUUCUCCUCCGACAGCCCCUACCUGUCCUCUAGAGGAAGCAUCAUUAAAUGGUUCUGGGAUUCAGCAGAGGAGGGCUACAGGACCUACCACAUGGAUGAGUAUGAUGAGGAUGAGAACCCCAGUGGCAUCAUUAACUUGGGCACCAGUGAGAACAAACUCUGCUUUGACCUGCUGUCCAGGCGGCUGAGUCAGAGCAACAUGCUGCGGGUGGAGCCGUCCCUGCUGCAGUACCCUGACUGGAGGGGACAUCUGUUCCUCCGGGAGGAAGUGGCCAGGUUCCUGUCUUUCUACUGCAGGAGCCCCGCACCUCUUAAACCAGAGAACGUCGUGGUUCUGAAUGGCUGUGCCUCUGUCUUCUCCGCUCUGGCCACAGUACUGUGUGAGGUGGGGGAGGCUUUCCUGAUCCCUGCCCCUUACUACGGAGCCAUCACGCAGCAUGUGUAUCUCUAUGGCAACGUCCGACUGGUCUGUGUCUAUCUGGACAGUGAGGUCACUGGGCUGGAGACACGCCCCUUCCAGCUCACAGUGGAGAAGCUCGAGAUGGCGCUGGAAGGAGCUAAUUCUGAGGGUGUGAAGGUCAAAGGCCUCAUCCUCAUCAACCCCCAGAACCCUCUGGGUGAUGUCUAUUCCCCAGGAGAGCUGCAGGAGUACCUGAAGUUCGCCAAGAGGCAUGAGCUGCACGUGAUGGUGGAUGAGGUCUACAUGCUGUCUGUGUUUGAGGAGUCGGUUGGGUACCACAGUGUCCUGAGCCUGGAAAGGCUGCCUGACCCCCAGAGGACCCACGUGAUGUGGGCGACCAGCAAGGACUUCGGGAUGUCUGGGCUCCGCUUUGGCACGCUGUACACAGAAAACCAGGACGUGGCCACUGCGGUAUCCUCCCUCUGCCGCUAUCACGGCCUCAGUGGCUUGGUCCAGUAUCAGAUGGCACAGCUGCUCCGGGACCGUGACUGGAUCAACCAAGUGUACCUGCCGGAAAACCACGCCCGGCUCAAGGCUGCUCACACCUAUGUCUCGGAAGAGCUCCGGGCCCUGGGGGUCCCCUUCGUGAGCCGUGGGGCCGGCUUCUUCAUCUGGGUCGACUUGAGGAAGUACCUGCCCGCGGCCACCUUUGAGGAGGAGAUGCUGCUCUGGCGCCGCCUUUUGGAUAACAAGGUGCUGCUGUCCUUUGGCCAAGCCUUCGGGUGUAAAGAGCCUGGCUGGUUCCGCUUGGUUUUCUCUGACAAGACCCACCGGCUUCGCCUGGGGAUGCAGAGGGUCCGGCGGGUGCUUGAGGGCAAAUCCCAGGUGGCAGAAGACGCCCCUUCCUGCUAGACCGAGGGGUCCGCACAGGUGAGCUGGGAAACAAGUCAAAGGAGCAACACACGUUAAGAGAGUGUUUGCCCCCAAAAGAAAAAAGAGUGAUGAUUUCUACAAGGAGAAAGGAAUUAAUUCUGUAUGUUAAGAUUACUCUCCCUGCACAUAGGAUGUGUGGGCCUACAGCACACCUGGGACCUGAGACCUGGGACAUGGGACCAGCCCCCGCAUGGGCCGAGGUGAACGGGUCCCCGGCGGGAGUCAGGAGGGGUGACUCUAUCUCCGGGAUACUCUUCUUCCCGGGAAGGAGCUGCCUUUACUGCUGGUCUCGAACCAGAGCGACCUAGCCGUGACUGUGCUGGGAGAUGAUGGGGCCCUGAACGGAGGCUGCAAUGGGGACAAGCUCUGACCCAGGCUGGCCUUUCCACCUUAAGCAUCAAAGGGCCGCUCACCCCUUCCCCAGGGGUGCUUUAGUUCAGAGCUCCAAGGAGCUUUCUGAACCAGCCUUAAAGCUGUGGGCUGAGGACCCUUCUCAGGUGCCGACACUCCUGUUUGGAAAAGCUAUCUUCCUCUGUUCUUCUGUUUAGAGCACGUUGGUGAAAUCAGCGUUUACUUUCUAUAAACCAUGCUCUAUGGCUUAGGAUUUGUCUUCCUCUUUCUGCCUUUCACUCAUUCCUCCUUCCUCCCUGUCUUUUCUUGAAUACCUUGUAUGUGCCGGACACUGUGCUAGGUAAUUUACAUGCAUCGUUUCUAACUCUAACCACCGUUGGAAGCUGGCAAUAUUAGCCCUCAUUUUAGAGAUGAGGAAACUGAGUCUCAAACAGAUGAAAUGAUGUUUCUGAAGUUACAUAGCUAAAAAGUGUCAGGGCCAGGAUUCAAGUUCAGGUUGGUUUGGUUCACAAUCUUUCCACUCCACCAAACCACAGUCCCAAAGGAUUCUUGGACUUUUCCAGUCCUGAGAACCAGGCUUCAUGCUGUCAUCGUUUCACCUUUCAUUAUUUUUCAACAUCGUUGGCUAAGUAGCACUCGUUUCUACUCCCACUUCCAGGAUACGUUGAUGCCAGGAUUUGCUGUACUGGGAUGCCUGCCGCUUUUCCGGCGGUCAUAACAGAAUGGCCACGUUGACGGCCCUACACAUCCUCUCCAGAGACCUCUGUUGUGAUGCUGCCACUGUUGUUGAGGGUCCCCUGUGAAGGACCCACGUGAUGAAUUCCAUUUAGAAUUUUCAGAAGGAUGACUCCUAGCUCUCCCUUAGAGGGAAUCCAAGCAGGUUUCCUAGCAAGGCUGACUAAACUAGGAAUCUGGAUCUGAACUGAGCUCAUUGGUUUGAGUAGAGCUGGCUUGUGCUCUGCUGAAUGGCUGUGUUCCAUAUGUCUCCCUUUCUGGAGCAUGGACUGGACAUAUCCUACACCCACCUCACAUCUUCUCUGCUCACCUUUCUGCUCUGCCAGUUACUACAGCCAUCAGAUUUUGUGUUCUCUCCUUCUCUUUUCCUCUGUGUGGCUUCAUUUUCAGACAUGCUCCAUUCAGAUGGUGGCAAGAUGGCUUCCAGGCAGCUCCAGGUUACAUGGUCCUUGUAGCAGACACCUACAGGGUAUUAGCAAGAUAGACACCCUUUCUUCCUCAGCAUUCAUUUCUCUCCUGCCAUAGGAGGCCAGCAGGCCUUACCUCAAUCAUCUGCCCAUCCAGGGGAACCCAGGUUCUAUUCAUCUGUCCACUCUGCCAUCCUUAGUGGGUUGGCUUUUCCCCUUCAAGCUUAUUUCCUCAUUGUCUCAAUAUGGCUACAGAAGCUCCAAACAUCACCUCCUCACCAACCACUUCCAGACACAGAAAAGAGAGUAUGUUUUUCUGUUGCCUCCUUUUCAUUUUAUUUCAUUCAUUUAAAAAAUAUUUGUUUAAGCCUCAGAUUUGUAGGAGUUCUUUAUAUGUCUGGAAAUGAGUAUUUAUUUUGCCAGAUACUCUUCAUUUAUUAACAUUCACUUUAUCAUUUUCUUUAUUCUCCUCCUGAACAUGGAAAUGACCUUAGAACACUUAACUCUCACUCCUUUAUUUUCAUCUCCUGCCAUAUUGUUGACUAGUAUUUUAGUUAAUGCCUCUUUGUUGUUGUUGUUUUUUUCUUCCUCUGGAAAUUGUGCUUUGAAAAGUCAUGACAACCCCAGUUUGGUAGAAGACCUGGUCAAAUAGAACCUCCAGUUCUGAUGUGAACAUUUCUAACAACAGUUCUAAGGCUUCAAGACUCUCAACAGGAUAUUUAAUGUUUGACACCAUGUUUUCUCAGACUCCAUCACCCUAAGUCAAAAUUUAGGGCAUUUGUUUUCCCAUAAAGAGUCUGAAAAAGAGUUCAAAAGAAACUGAGAAUAGUAGAUGCCUAUGGGGUAGGGAAACUGGGAGGAUGGGAAACAAGGACAGGAGUGAGAAUUUUUACUCUUUCUUUCACUUUUUUGGUUCUCCUGGGUUUGUUUUAAUGCUUUUUGUUUUUAAAACCACAUGAAAGCUGUAUACAGAAAAAAAAGAAAUAAACUUAAAAAUUCUAUUUAGGGAAAGUACCUAGGAGAGUUACAGAUACCAUCUAGGUCUAGUACUGGUCUCAGAUGUCUUUUGAGCUUCUGCUAAAACACUGCAUUCAAUUAAUUUUUAAAAACUGAAGUAAAGUUUACCUACAGUGAAUUGGGCAGAUCUUAACUGUAAGAUUCAAUGUCCUUGACAUAUAUAUAUAUAUACAUCUGUGUAACUAAUAUCCUAUCCCCGUCAUGAUGUGGAACAGUUCUAUUACUGCAGAAAGUUCCUUCAAGCUCUUAUGUAAGCCUCCCAAUCUCCUACAGGCAGCCACCACUCUGAUUUCUAGCUCCAUGCAUAAAGUUUCCCAAAGGGAUCAUAUAGCUGUUCACUUUUGUGUCUGGGUUAUUUUGCUCAGCUUCAUGUUUUAGGGUUCAUUUACAUUUACAUGUAUCAGUACUACAUUCUUUUCUCUCUAUGUGGUAAUAUCCCCUUUUCACUCCUAAUAGUGGUAACUUUUGCUCUCUCUACUUUUGUUUUUGUCAUGAACAGUCUUGUACUGGUUUUAUCAAUUUUACUAGUUUUUCACAAUGAACUAUUACUUUUGUUAAUUCUAUUGUAUUUUUGUUUUCUAAUUUGUUAAUUUCUUUAGGUGUUUAUAUGAGUACAUGGGACCUAUAAUUUUUGUAUAAAGGGAAAAUCAUUAUUUGUUGCUCCUUUCUUCUGCCAUUACUUUUCCCCCCUCACCUGCCAAAGCUACUGUUAUUCCCUAAUUUAAAGAAAAAGUACAAAAUAUAUGCAUCUUAUUGUACAUACAUUUUAUCUCAUAAGAAAAAAGGAACUGCAAAAUAUUGAUCCCCAGUUAAUGAUAUGCAUUCAAUAAAAUAUUCAGAUGUAACUGCUGAUAUCUGCAACUUAUUUUGAAAUGUAGCAAAAAAAUGAUGCAUCAGCAAAUGGAUAGACAGACGUGACAAUACUGUAAAAUAUUAAUUGCAUAAUAUAGACAGUAGAUAUAUGGGUAUUUGCUGCAAAAUUCUUUCCAUUUUUUUUUUUUCUUUUUACCUUUCACCCUCUUCACCCAUUUCUUCCACCUCUGGCAACUACCAUUCUCUUCUCUGUGUCUAUAAGCCAGGUUUUUUGUGUGUUUGUUUUGUUUUUUAGAUUCCACAUAUAAGAAAGAUCGUAUGGUGUUUGUAUUUCUCUUAUUUCACUUAGCAGAAUGCCCUCGAGGUCCACCCAUGUUGUCACAAAUGGCAGGAUUCCCUUUUCAUGGCUGAAUAAUAUUCCAUUCAUCUGUCUAUAGCUACUUAGGUUGUUUCCAUAUCUUGACUAGUGUGAAUAAUGCCGCAGUGAACAUGGGGGUGAUGGCUAGUUUUUAAUCUCCAAAUUUGUUGUUUUUAUUUUUAUAGUUUUAUACAGCCAGUAUUUGUUUUGAUUUACCUAUGAGUUUAUCCAUUUCAUUACUUCUUUACUUCAUCUCAGUACUUUCUUCUGGUUUUAAUAUUCUUUUUCCUGAAAUACAUCUCUUAAGAAAUUCUGUUAGGGUUUACUGAUGGUAAAUUCUUUCUAUCAGUGUUUGUCUGAAAAUGUGUUUCUUUCGUAUUCUUGAAGGAUGGUUUCACUAGGUAUACAAUUGAAAUUGACUGCUAGCUUCUUUUGGCACUUUUACCAGUAUCUUAUGACUUCUGUUUUUUGUUUUUGUUGAGAAGCCCACUGUUAGUCUUAUUGUCCAUCCAUUACAGGUGAUCAUCUCUGUCCAAUAAUGGAAGAUUCUUAGCGACUGUACCCUUGGAAACUGCUUCUACUGCAUUCUCUCUGUUCCCUGUUUCUGGAUACAUCCUGGGUUUUCUUCCUUUAUUCUCCCUCUCUUUCAACCUCCCUGUCCUAUAUUCCAUCUCCUUGUUUUUUCUUGAAUCUGCAUUCUGGGUAAUUUAUUCAGAUCUAUAUCUCAGUGUAUUAAUUGUAUCUAAUCUGUGAUUUAACUUAUGCAUUGAAUUUUUAAUCUCCAUUUUUAUAUUUAGUACUUUUUCAAUCUCUUCCGUCUUUGGGGAAAAAACCAUCUUGUUUCUUUCUAAUAUUUACAGUUCCAUCUUUUAAGUCUUUGAGCACCGUAAACUUACUUAUUUUAUAUCUAUUUCUCAUUAUCCGGUUAUCUGUAGUUUCUGCAGGUUAAAUUUCUGCUGUUUGUAGUUUCUGCUGACUGGUUUAUUCUUCAUGCGCUUUGUAAUUCCAGAUUGUGAGUUUAUGUUUGUCAGAAUCCUGGGCAGUUUGCCUUGAGGGCAUGACCCUCCAGAGGGGAUCUAUGUUUCCUUUGCUUCAAGUUACUCUUUAGGUGGGGAACUUCCUGGACCAUGCUGGCAGUAUCCAUUCAAAUCCCACCUUGUUGUGAAGCUUGGAAUUAAAGCUUCUCAGCAGAGACUCUUCUUUUCCCAUUCUCUGGACAAGACAGACAAGUUUUUUUUUGGUUUGUUACUGAAGUUGAGCACAUUUUUCCAGCCAUCCAUCUCAAUAGCCUAGCUUUACAUGGUUUUCUCCACAUCUUCCCAUCUUGUAUGCCCAAACUGUACCUUCAACACUCAAUUUUCUCACUUCACCUUCAUUUUUGGCUCCUUGUAUAUUUUCUUUACUUCUUUUGUGAGCUCAGUAUCCAUUUGAGAGAGUGUUCAUUAUAUUUGCUCUGGUGUUGAUAGGUGUUUUCUGGUCCACCCAGGCUGCCUGCCAGUGUCGUAUAAGCUGACCCAACGUGAAAUACCACAGAACAAUUCUUUCACGGAGUCUUUUUUCUUGGGGAAUGUACCUUUCUCCAUACUUACAGACUGCUAUCAUGUAAAGGAAGUGGUAAAGCUGGCAUUCAUCUCCACACUAGCAAUUGCUCUUCAUUGUAAACUCUCUUUCAAAAAAGUGGCUGAUGGGGCUUCCCUGGUGGCGCAGUGGUUGAGAGGCCGCCUGCCGAUGCAGGGGACACGGGUUCGUGCCCCAGUCCGGGAGGAUCCCACAUGCCGCGGAGCGGCUGGGCUCGUGAGCCAUGGCCGCUGAGCCAGCGCGUCUGGAGCCUGUGCUCCGCAACGGGAGAGGCCACAACAGUGAGAGGCCCGCGUACCGCAAAACAAACAAACAAAAAAACAAGAAGUGGCUGAUGAUGCCACUUUCCUUGAAAAUCACACGCUUUUUAACGCUCACUUGCACUUCUCCUGGCUCACUGGGUACGCGGGACCCUGCAUGGUCUUUGCUUUCUCCUGUACCUUCAGAGCAAGUAAUGAACUGUCUUUCUACAGUCUCUCUUCUAACCACCGACCACAAGUACUUUUCUACCUUCUGAGACUUCAGGUCCUGGCCCACAGUUUUCUUUCUCAUUCUUCUCUGCAGUCGCUCUCAGCUGCUUUAGCAUCACGUAACUUCUAAUAUCACAGCUUCUUUACUUUCUCACCUCCAAUUCCUUGCAUGGUUUCUACCCCUAGAAAUGUAGCCCCACCGUUUGAACCAUGCUGGUUUAAAAGACACUUGCUCUUUCUGACUGCUUCUCCUUCUUUCUCACACCUGUGCCUUUGCUCAUGCUUUUUUUUCUCUGAGGGAAUGCCCUCUUCGUCCUCUAUUUGUCAAAAUCCUAACUGUCCUCCAGGACCAGCAAAAGUGUCAACUCUUGCGUGAGGUCUCCCUACAUCUUUCCAGUUGGAUGUGAUCGCUUUCUCUCUUGAACCCUGUAGCACAGUGGUCCCCAACCUUUUUGGCACCAGGGACCGGUUUUGUGGAAGACAGUUUUUCUACCGACUGGUGGCAACCAGUACCGGCCCGGGGGUUGGGGACCCCUGCUGUAGCAUUUUGUGUACAUUUUCCUAUGCCACUCUCCAUCCUCUGCUUUGGUGAAUCUUACUUGUGCAUUUGUUUUCUUUCUAUUGAGCUCCUCCCAGCGUCUGGGCACCCUUUAUUCAUUCAAAAACUACUCAUUGAGCACUUCCUAUGUGCCAGGCACUAUGCAUGUUUAGGGUUAUAAAAAGUGAAUAAGAUAGGUUCUUCAAAGGCUAUGCCUAACACGGGUCUUUAACACAGAAAGUCCUCAUUUAAUGAAAAAAUAAUUCAUUUAAAAUGUUUACAGAGAAAGACAAAGAAGAAAGUGAAAAUGCUUUCCACUUAUCCGUUUCUCAAAUGUGGUGUAUGUGUGCUAAAAUUUCUUAUCAUUUUUUUUCGGGGGGGUGUGGAUUUGAAGAGCAGAGCAAAUGCUCUCUUAGAUGUGGGGAAGCAGAAUGUGUUUUCCUGUCUCCAGAAUAUUCUCAUCCCAGUCUCUCUGGAUCUUUGUUAAGCAGGCAUUAACUCACAAGAAUAUUCUUGGAAUCACUGUUGCUGCUGGAAGCCCCAGUGGGUCUCUAGACUCAGAAUCAUCCCUAUGAAUAUUUAUUUAAGUUCUAAGUGACAGCUUCCACCAGAUGGUGCUGAGGUACAGCUGAGACCAGAUGGAUUUGGAUUCUGCAGCCGUUGUCUGUAAACUGCAUAGGCUCAGUGGGGUCAUUUCAUUAACUUCUCAAUAACAUCACUCUGCAUUUUGAUUGAAUUUUUUAGACUCCACUUACUGUCUUAUGACAGGGGUUUUGCUGUGCAUGUAGGAGGCUAGAUCACGUAAAUAAUACAGAAACAAAAUGAAAAUGAAAGUUUUUCUCCCCCAUUUCUACCUCCACAAUUAAUCCCUCUAAAACUGUUUAUUGCUUCUUGAAUUAUUUCCAGAAAAAAUGUUAUAUAUAAGUGCCUGAAUCUAAGCAUCUACAUAUAUAUUUUGUCUUGUUUCUGCAUACAUAUAUAUGUAUAUUUUAUUACAUAAAAAGGAUCAUACUCGU